AUGUUUAGCACACGGCAUGAGCAGCACCACGUUGUGCACAUUGGAGGCGCCGAAUUCGUGCCGCCGAUGAUGACGCACUUUGCCCACGUACCCAACCUCUCGCUCUCGACCUCGCCGUCUUCGGAAGCAUCGAGCUCGGCUGCAUCGUCGCCGGUGCACUCGCGAUUCAGCAGCUCCUCCACAGCCUCUUCCGCAGCCGAGUCGCUCGAGGAAUGGGAUGCAGUGCAGGCGCAUCUGGCCUAUGCACGUCGGAUGGCCGACCACACCGCCUCCAUGUGGCAGAAGGAACGUCUUGCCAUCGAAAAAUCCAAGCUCGACGGAACCUACACGGGAAACAUGACUUCGCGACAAAAUGGAAAUGCCCGUCCCCCCGCAGAUGCUCCUACAAAGGAAAGCGGCGAGGAGAAGAAGAAACACAAGAGGUUCGGUUGGAUCAACAACUUCCUCUCCCCACAGUCGCAGGACGAACCACGCGGUCGAUCAAGAUCCCGCCGUUGA